AAACUAGAGAUUUACUUGAAAAUGAAAAUAUCACUUCGCCUGUCAUUCUGCUGCGUCACUGUUCUCGUGUCCUCCUACUCGUAUUAAUUUGUUAAAAUUAACUGUUAGCUUAAGCAUUAUUAUAUUGGAUUGAUAACUCUUAAUUAACUGUGGAUUUCUAAUGUCACUUCAUCGUUCUUCUAAUGGACCUCCACCAGCGAAACCACUUGUUGCACUGCUUGAUGGUCGGGACUGCACUAUUGAAAUGCCUUUGUUAAAAGAUGUGGCCACAGUUGCUUUCUGCGAUGCUUCAUCCACCAGUGAAAUUCACGGAAAAGUCCUUGAAGAAGCUGUUGGAGCUUUAAUGUGGCAUACCAUUUCUUUAACGCGGGAGGACCUUCAAAAAUUCAAAUCACUAAAGAUUAUCGUGAGGAUAGGCAGCGGUUAUGACAACAUUGACAUAAAAGCCGCUGGGGAACUUGGGAUUGCUGUUUGUAAUGUUCCUGGAUUUGGUGUUGAGGAGUCUGCAGAUACGACACUUUGCCACAUUCUGACUUUAUACCGACGUACUUAUUGGUUAGCAAACAGCCUACAAAUGGGUAAACGGAUUAAUGGACCUGAGCAUUUAAAGGAAGUUGCAAACGGGUCUGCUCGAAUACGACGUGAUACUCUUGGGAUAGUUGGUCUUGGCCGAGUUGGAACGGCGGUUGCAUUACGAGCCCAAGCUUUUGGGUUUCAUGUGACAUUUUACGAUCCUUAUCUUCCAGAUGGAAUCGAACGUUCAUUAGGUAUCGAACGUGUUUACAGUCUUCAAGAUCUACUAUUUCAAAGUGAUUGUGUCACUUUGCAUUGCUCGCUUAAUGAGCAAAAUCGCCAUAUGAUCAAUGAGCAUACAAUAAAGCUAAUGAGACCGGGUGCAUUUUUAAUCAAUACUGCUCGAGGUGGUUUAAUUGAUGAAGUAGCACUUGCCGCUGCACUUAAGGAAGGUCGAAUACGUGCUGCAGCAUUGGAUGUAACAGAGACAGAACCAUUUGUUUGGAGUAAUAGUGCUUUAAAAGAUGCUCCAAAUCUUAUUGUAACACCUCAUAUGGCAUUUUACAGUGAAUCAAGUAUGCGUGAAAUGCGCGAGGCAGCUGCAAAUGAGAUCCGAAGAGCUAUUUUAAAUCGUAUACCAGACUGUCUUCGAAACUGCGUCAAUAAAGAAUUUAUGCCCAAUGGUGGUUCGUCAUUAUUUUCUCAUGGUUGUUCCAACAAUAGUCUAUCCAAUAAUAUCAACAAUAAUCCCCUGCUUAACAACAAUCAUCUAUCUCUUGGAGCAGGUAUACCUGGUGUUAAUGCCCUUAAUAGUAGUGUAGCUUCAGGAUUAGAAAACGCCGCACGUGGUUUACAUCCAGCAGCUGCAGCUGCCGCGUUUGGUCUUUCAGCAGGUCUUUUCUCUUCUGCUGCAGGUGGAGGUUGUGGUCUUGGUGUAGGUGCUAACAGUCUCCCCUUCCCUGCUAACCUUAUUGGUGGAUCAGGGAUAGGUUUAUCAAAUGCCGGUGGUGGGGGUAUUCUCACCAACAGCGGUGGUCCAACAACAAUUCCAGCCCUCCCUCCCCCUCCUGCUGUUGCCGCAGCCGCCGCAGCACAUCUAGCUGGCCUUCCUCCUGUUUCAGCGUACGCCAAUUUCUUUCCUCCCGGAUUAGCCGCUGGUUUAGGCCUUCCUCUCCCCCCUCCACACGCUGCAUCUUUGGCUGGCGUAACCGGAUCCUUAGGAGGUACAACCACUGGGUCUUCAACAAGUGCAGCCUCAGGCAAUUGUACUAAUAAUUCUACUUCAGGCUCAGGAGGCCAGACAGUCAGUUCCCCCUCGCCCGCAACCAGCGGUUGCAUCCCCGGUGUAUCCAGCAGUACUUUUGAUAGCGUACAUGCUAGGCUUGCUGCCGCCGCCAGUCUUGUUGCUUCGGGUCUAAAUCCGAGGUAAGUAUUCCCGUUGCAUUAAUUUCGCUUUUCAUUUGUAAAUAAUUUACAACUUAAAAAUUUCAGCACUGAAAAAAUGUACUUUCGGCUUCUUGCACGUGAUGCAGCUGACUGAUUUUUAUUGACCAAGGGGCAGAAGUUAUUUACUCACUUAAGACUGACUUACUGCCCUGUUAUGUAGCAGUGCAUGUGUUCUUAUAUGGUACAUAUUUUUUAUGCUUUUACAUGAGUAUAGUUAACGUAAUAAGGUGGGGAUUAUUUUUUCUCGUAAAAAAGUUUGAAGUUCAUAUUGGUUAGCUAUAUGACUGAACAGAUAAAUACGUGAAAGUAUCAGGAUUUUAAAAUGAGUUAACUUCACUAUGAUUGCAGCUCUGAUAUUGAUAUACAUAACAGAUUAAGAUUUUUCAUUCAGUUAUUGCGAAUUUAUCGGAAAUAUGAAAGUUGAUUACCGAAAUCUUGUUACAUGCAUGCGGUAUUUAUUCUACAAACAAUUUACUUAAGCUGUAUGACAAAUUUUGUUUUUGUCAUGUUUUUACUUCACGAAUAUAUUUUUGAACGUUAGAUAUAUCUAAGCGAAUUUCUCUGUUACUCUCAAAAAGAUCCGAAAUAAAUAAUUCUGAUCUGUUUAAUCGUCUCCUAAUUUCAUAACAGUAAACUGAUAAUUGCACCUUGAGAGUAAUUACUAUCUAUAAUGAAAUUUAAGGGUUUAUUCUCUGUCGAAUAUCGAUUUGAUGAAAUAAAUAUUAAGCUCUUUUUUCAUGAACACGAAUUAUGUAAUUUGCAGUUUUUUUCCUUAAAAUGAUGUUAAUUAUUUAUAAAAAAGGACAUUGCUAGUAUUUAACACGUAAAUAUAGUUGACUUUGUUUUUCCCUUCUGUUUAACUACUUUCUCUUCCAGAUCUUCAUGAUACUACACUUUUCUUAUCAAAAUUAAUCAAAAGGUGUAAAGUGAACAAACUAUAUAAAUGUUUUGCUAACUUUGAACUAUAAAGGGAUUUGUUAAUCCUAUCUACCUACCAUGCGUAUGUGUAUCGCAUGUGUACUUCAUUCGUUAAUAAAAUGUUGUGUUAUGAUUUAUUUUUUUAAAUUAAAAAUUAUACAUCUACUCAG